CAAAGUCUUGAAGUACUCCGUAUGUUCAUCACCAUUACGCCGUUAGAGAGGGGGUAAGAUGCCCUCUUUUAAUGGAAAAUGGAGUUUUUUGCUCCAAAAUAAACUUUAAGGACUUAGAUGUGCCCCUUUUCCCUCGAUUAAAUUCUAAAAGUUGUGCUAUUCCAUAUUCUGUUCAGAAGUUUCCGAUUAACAAUUGAGAACAAGUUUCGUUAUCUUUACCGAUUACCACCGAUAUAUCUGUGUUGCCUUGCGCACAGACGCUGUUUGGGCAUAUCUGCUCGCAGUUACUUCCGCAUCUUCUUUGAUUCUUCAAGUAUUAUUGCACAGUUAAAAGGAUUACAAAGUCACAUGUAAUUCGACCGGAACUAAGAAUCAGUAUUCAAAACACUUCCAGCUGAUUAGUCAUGAACUACUCUCAGAAUGCUGCGGCAAUCGGCGGUGCCGGUGGCAACGGCACCGUGCUCUCCAUGUCCAAUGUCGCCUCACCGGCGGACUCAUCUGCGUCCGCCACCACCGGCUCACCGGCGGACGAUUCCAAACAGAACCUUAAUCAAGUCAUCAAUUCCAUACAGAAAACCCUCGGGAUGCUCCACCAGCUCUAUCUUACUGUUUCCUCCUUCAAUGUUGCCUCCCAGCUUCCCUUUCUCCAGCGCAUGAAUGCUCUUGUUUUGGAGCUUGAUAAUAUGACGAAAUUGGCAGAGAAAUGUGAUAUUCAGGUGCCUAUGGAAGUUUUAGAUUUAAUUGACAAUGGGAGGAAUCCAGAUGAGUUCACUAGGGAUGUAUUGAAUAGUUGCAUCGCCAAAAACCAGAUUACCAAAGGAAAAACAGAUGCUUUCAAGGGUUUAAGAAAGCAUCUCUUGGAUGAACUUGAAGAGGCAUUCCCUGAUGAAGUGGAAGCUUAUAGGACGAUGCGUGCAACUUCUGCUGCAGAAGCAAAACAGUUGGCUCAAGCGCAAAAUGCAUUAGCAAAUGGUGAUGUCAAGGUGAAGCCAGAAAUUUAAAGCCCCAAGGCUUUGACUUGCGAUUUGCUUGGUCUCUCAUCCCACAUGUUUGGAUCAUUUAAAAGUUGGACAGCAUGAUGAAACAGCUUGGGUAAGUUCAUUCCGGAUGUUCUAGGGAAUCAUGUUUGGAUUGUAAGACUAUUAUGCCAAAAAAACAGGACAGAUCCUUGUUAGUUAGUGUAUAUGUGCAUUGACAUUGUUGUAUUGUCUUCAUUAUGAUUAAACUUUGAAGUGUUCUCUUGUGCAUUUUACUGGGCGGAAAGUGUGUGCCAUAAUAUAGUUUGAACUCUGUUGAUU